UUUUUCUAACUUAUUGCACCAGUUCAACAGUGCAGCUGAAAAGAACAGAUCAACUAGUAUCAAUUCAGAUAGUUCGGCUAAAAGGAACAGACCUCUUGGCUUUUGCGGACCCUUGAUAGAAAGAAUCCAGCCAAUCAUUGAAAUCUGAAGUCUUGAUAGAAAGAAGUCUUUAUUUAUAUAUUUAUUUAUAAAGCUAUACAAUAUUAUGCAAAUAAAUCAUGUCUCUUUUCCCAGCUUAUUCGAAUGAUACGCCAGAAUCGACAAGUUCUGCAAAGUCUGAUAAUGCUUCUGUCGAAUGGCUAUCAAAUUUGAGCUUUCAAACACCUAUAAUAGUACCUAAACAAGAAACUGAAUUGUCUAUAUAUUCUUCUGAUGAAUCUUUACAUGAUGCAAAAGAGCAAGUACAAUAUGAAACAACUCCUUCAGAUGUAAAAGAACAAUUAAAAAGCAAAGAAUUGAAAACUGACAGGAUUCAAAAGACAGGCAGAAAGAAACGUAAACAUGAUGGCAAAGAACGUAAACCAGAAUAUGAACAAAAUGUUGAAGAUAUAUUUUUUGAAGACAAGCACAGAGAUAAAGGGAAUAAUAAUAUAGAUACAUUUUGCUCUAAAGUCAGACCAUUGUAUGAUAUUAGUAAAAAAUAUAUGUGCUUUGUUAAACAUAAGCAACCGAAGAAAGGCAAAUUCUUUAGAUAUUACAUCAAAAAUAUUGAUUCUGUUGAGGUGCUAAAGAAGAAAGAUACAAUUAUUAAAAAGACAAAUGUCAAAGAAAGUUCAAAGCAAGAUACAGAGGCAGAUGAAAGCUUGCCUUCUUGGUGUACAAAUUUGGAAGAGGAACAAAAGUCUAAGAUUAAAGAAUAUAAUGAGCAAUUGACAGAAAACCCAUAUAAUGUUGAAUGUUGGAUACAUUAUAUUGAUUUCCAGGAUACUCUAGCUAGCUAUCAAAGACACCAAUUACCAAAAGAUACAUAUAGAUCCACAGUGUUGAAAAAGUUAUCUAUUGUUGAAAAGGCACUUGAAAAGAAUGGGAACUCUAAUGAAUUAUUAAAACUGAAGUUACGGUUCAUGAGUGAGUUGACACCAUCUGAUGAACUCUCCAAUCAAUUGGAAACAUUAGUCAAUAAGGAUUCAGGGAACAUUGUGUUAUGGCAGCAUUUUAUUAUGAUCACACAAGGCUCAGUAGCAAUGUGUACUGUACCACGAGUCUUGGAUUUGUAUUCAAGAUGCUUCAGCGUCUUAAGACAACGCUCAAGAACAAAUCCUUCUCUUUAUGAUGCACAACUACUGCAAAUGCUACAUCAAUGCUUAACAUUCCUGAGGCAUACGGGAUUGUGGGAACAGAUGUGGGAAACAAUACGUUUAAAUCUGAACUUGAAUCUGAACUUAGACAAGAAUAGUUUGUUCUUUCAAGGAUCUAUAGAUGAAAAGAAAUUAAUCGGAAUGGAAGAAAUGAUAUUGAUGUCACGAUUACCACUUAAUCAACUGUGGCAGAGGACAGAAUCGUUGAGAGAGAAUUAUCAUUGGAUCAGCGUUAAUAGAGACGAGUUGGAGUUGGUUGGAGAUUCACGGAGAUUCGUUUUACCGGAAGACGUAGCGGACUUUGUACAUCCGAUUCUCUCGCGUAAUUCGAAUUUCCAAAUAGCCAUUUAUUCUCUUUUGUGCCUGAAAGUACCACUUCUACCUUGUCGAGACUAUUACUUAAAGGAAUUAUCGCUAAAAGAUUUUCACUGGGAAGUGGAGUCCUUGGAGGCACUGCUUCCCUUCAUGUAUCCCAUGGUGGGCGAAAUGGCCGGCCAUGAUCAGAGGAAGGAGUUAUUGAAGGAUAUUCUCGAGGGGCGUUUAACGUCGGGCCCUCAAUACGUCAAGUUCCACCCGGCGCAAGAACCAUACUUAGACUUUGUGCGUAAAAUCUUUCAUGCAAUCGCGGAAAGUUUACCCUCGUUGCAACGCACGAGUAUAUACGUCUGGUGGUUGCGACUGGAAAGAUUACUCGUCUCUCUCGGCAAGGACGAACCUUUGAAACACGACAACAAAGGGAAGAAACUAAGGACAACGUUGAAGGAAUUUCUAAAGAAGGACGAGAACAGAAAUAACUUAUAUUUUUACAAGGAGUACGCCUUGAUAGAACUGGAAAUGGGUAGAUUCAGUAACUGCGUCAACAUACUUGAGACUGCCAUUCAGUCUCAAGGAGCAUGUCCUUCUGCGAUCACCAACGAGAACGAAAGGGCAGCGCUUUUUAGCGUGUAUAGAACAUUUAUUGAGACCUUGCUCGAUGCCAGAACGUACGACGAGUCGCACAGGCAAUGGAUACUAAAAGUCUUCAGUCAGAUGAUACCCGGCGAAAGCGCGGAUCAAAACUCACUGGUCGAAGCGUACUUACAUGGACAAGUACGUGACUUCCUACAAACCGCGCCCAGUGAGAACGGAAAGGACACUUUCUUCUUGUCAGACCUGGAGUGCGAUGUGAUCGUGUGCUACGCGUAUUUUCUGUACGUCAAAAACGACGAUAUCCAAACGGUUAUCGAAAUAUUGAGAAACUGUAUUGAUCAUUCCAAAGAUUGUCCUUAUUUGCAGGAAAUGCUAUAUGAAAGUCAAAUUGCAAUUCUGCAAUUGCAUUACGAACGGAAACAUAGCUUACAGAAUACGUUGAAAGAAACAUUGAGCAGAUCUUUGAGUACAUACCCAGACAACUUUUACGCCUUGUCGGUAUUUGCUAUCAUAGAGAGUGAAUUGCCAACAUGGAGAUUCAACAGUAGAGGCACUGAAAUUGGAUUAUGGAGAGCGGUAACGAUGUGUUUAGCUGCUCGUAGACGUAUUGGUCUCUUGAUGAAAUUCGAUCAUCCUGAUGCAGUGAUAGCUGCUCUAAAUAAGCUAUUAUCCUUUCAUCUAACGCUCUCCAAGAUACCAUCGACCAGAUGCUGUCCAUUACUAUGGAGACUGUACAUGCUACUUCUAAGGGAACAUAAUUUGUGCGAGAAGAAGGGAGAAGAGAUUUAUCACGAAAGUGUCAUGCAAUGCCCGUGGGCGAGGAGCAUUUACAUAGAUGCAGCUGAAGUAGCGCCUCAACUUCUUACACAGAUUCAAGAUGUGAUACGCGAGAAAGAAUUAAGGAUGCAUGUCACGCCUGAAGAAUUAGAUAUUCUACGUGGAUAACAUAAUUACUUGAUCCUAACCCUUAUGUAAGAGUCGGAGAGAAAAGUAUAUCGGAAGCCGGAGUUUACUGGGCCGGGACUCGAGUCUUUCGCUUGCCGGGCGAUUACUCUAAAUGUCACAAUUAAGCUACCCACAGAUCUAUAUUAGGCUAGAACCAUUCCUAAGAUAGCAGUACAGAAAUUUAUAUGUACUGUACAAACAUAUGUGCAGUGCGGCGUAUAUUAUUAAUAAGUAAAUACAUUCAUAUUGCUCAUUAAUUUGAGCAUAAUUGGGAAGAUAAUGAUUUUGUUAUAGUAUUUAUAUCCUAAUAUUGUCAAAUAUAUAAUAUAUAAUAUUGCUAUUGAUAUUAUGUGAUAAGGUUAUGGGAAAAGGUGCUUAUAGAAAUGGUUCUACCCUAAUAUUGAAGAUUGCAGGCCGGGACUCGAACUCAAAACUGUCGCUCUUCGGGCGAAUAGCAACGGUUCCGGGUUCAAAUCCCAGUCUGCAAUUUUUAAUAAUAUUAGGGUAGAACCAUUUCACAUAAGCACCUUUUCCCAUAACCUUAUCACAUAAUAUCAAUAGCAAUAUUAUAUAUUAUAUAUUUGACAAUAUUAUGAUGUAAUUACUAUAACAAAACCAUUAUCUUCCCAAUUAGGCUUAAAUAAAUAAGCAAAAUAAAUGUUGUCACUUGUUAAUAUACUUUCAUACUAU